GUUUUUUCUGUUUUCAACCCAGCAUUACUUGUCUAUAGAAUCCUGUCUCACUAUUCCUUCUUUACCGUUGCGUACCUCUCUCAGUUCCUGUUUAUGGCGUGUCUUCAGUUUGUGAAAAGCCUAACGGUUUGUUUGAGCGCGGAAAUAACUCUUUCCCGACGUGCUGUCUCUCAGUUUCUAAUACAUCCUUUUUCUUCGUGUUCACGUUGCUUACUUGCGACUUCAAACAUGCAUCUUCCCUUUAGUGUACCACAGUAAAGCGGCUCAUUCUGCGACCUUCUGGAAAUGCCUGUCGGAAUUUUCUUCCGCAUUUUCUGGACCGGCUGCCACAUGCAAUAGUGCCGCAGAGAGGCUAGCUCGCCCUGGCUCACGCGCUAGCGAAGGUUCCAUGACGAACGACGUCGUUCCUUUUUUCGUCGCUGCUCAACUCCUGUUGUAUUUGCCGGUUUGAACCUCUCGGACCACUUUGUGUUGUGCGCUAAAGCCAGUCAUUCCUUCAACGAAACCCUGCUGAGAAGGGCGAGCUUGCAGUCGGCUGCCCUCGCAGCCGUUCCUGCGGCCAGUCCCUUCUUCGCACGACACACUCUGUUGAAAAUUGUGGUCCUCACCACUGUAUUCCCGCAGAUACAAAGUCUCGGCAGAUGGCUUGGGUAGAGCGCACAGCGAACGGAUAGGCGAAGUUCUAAUCGAGGGUCUUUUCCUAUCCGCUGCUUGCUUCACCGCCUUCGUUUUGCUCCCGGAGUCACUACUGGAAAUUUCUACGCAGAGUCCGUGUUUCCCUCCUGACGAGAAACUUACAGCAUCUGAGAAGACUUCCAUGUUCCACAGUGCCAAGGAUUCGCCCACAAAGUGCCUGGAAUCGUCAAAGAGCAGUGGAUUCAUUGCACUCUUCCAGCGGCAUCGUUGCACUCUUCGGGAAUCGUCGCUGUCUCCUGGUGUUGCCGUCGCGAGGGUUCGCGUUUGCGCACCUCAUCGAGUCUUGCCGUUUCUUGUGAAUGAGAGAUGGGGAACCAACCUGUUGGCGUUGCGGGGACGUUCGCUCUUGCGAGUCCUUCGGGGUUUGUAGCGUCGCAAACGAAUCUCGGUGGCAAGCGAGGGACUGUUGUCCGUGGCUCUGAAGCCUUUUUAGGUGGAUGCGCGGGCGAAGGGAGGAAACAGGAGGUUCUUCUUGCACUUGGUCGAACGCAGUUUUACCACUUGGUUCAGCAGCUUGAUUUGGAGCCUCGUCUGCUGCGAACGCUCGAGGCAAUGAAAGCCCAAGAAAGAGGGGAGACAUUGAAGAAAACCGGAACGGGGGAACCAGGCGGCGCCUCUGCGAAGCCACCCUGUGCACACAUCGUGGUCAAGUCUGUGAAAGGGAAGGCGCCAUGUCCGAUCUGCGCGAAGCGAAAAGUCGAAGCCGUGCUCCUCAAGCAGGACACAGAGCUCUUCCAUAGAGAGUUUGCUAAUCUCGAGGCGCUCCUACCUGUUGAUUCGUCGCCGAAGAUUCGGGAUCUUUACAGCAACUUCCAGACCUUUACAUCCGCGGCCAGCACGCACCGGACGCCUUGGGGAGGCGCUCUGGAGGCAGGUUUAUCGUCGCCGUAUCCCAGGCGAGAGCCAAGAGAAAAAGACCCUCAGUGCUCCACUUGCACAGCAACAGAGGAAGAGUGUGCACUGGCGCAUGCUGAAGCGUGUCGCGCCUGCUACAAGCUCGAAGGCCUUUGCACAUUCGUCGAUAUCCACCGACACUCGCUCGAACAAGCCUUUGAGAAGCCAACCCAGUGCGAAGAUGAAAGCAGACUGCAGGAGGAUUUCCUCAGCCAGCAACUGCGGACAGUAGCGCAAAGACCAAAGGCGAGUUCCGCAUUCACGGGAAGCCUCAGCCCGCCUUCUCGGCAACGGUUUCGUGGUUGUGUCGGUGCUACCUCUUACACGGCAAGCCCUACACAAAAUGCAAGUGGAAACCUUUCUGCGCGACUUAACACCUCUGUGGCGCAUGCGGCACAAGGAAUCCGGCAGCAAGGGUCUAGAGUGGCAGCCUCGUCUUCUUUGGAAAAAACUUAUCGACCUUCUCCAGCCGGGGCAUGUUCAGGUUUACAAGCGUUCAGUGCUUGCCCUGUUUUGCGUACAACGUCAUGUGCAUCUUCACUUCCUAGAUCCGGUGCUGUCGGGCGACCUGUAAGCCAAAGUGCAUUUCGAAGUCUCAUACACUCCCCUGCGUUUCAACACGCUCCCGGUAACCAUCAUUCGUCCCUGUUUGUCUCCGUCUCUGCAAUGCCUUCGCUUCCGAAAUCGAGGAGCCAAGUGCUUUUGGUUGAACGAGCAAAGUGUCUUCGUACGCAGUUUUCUUCCCUCUAGCAACAUAAACUCAUACAACGUCUGUGUCUGGGCUAUCUCCAGGUUUGUUGUUAGAAUUUUCUUUCGAAACUCAGCGAGGCAAAAAGAGAUCGACGAAGCCUGUUGACAGCUGUGUCGCAAGAGGCAUUGCCUUCAUUUAUGUCGAGUCACUUUCGUCCUCCUUUUACAGCUCAGAUACGUCGGAACCGCCGUACCAUCCGUUUCUUCAUGUCGUAGCGUCUCAGUUGCUUUCAGCGUCCAUCCACUUCAUUCACCCUCCGAACUUCUAUUCCUUGCCAUCUCUAGGUGUGUUAAUCUCCCGCGUGCCUGCCUCUGUCAAACAGUUGGAGAACUGGUGCACCUGACAUUCGCCUGAAGGUGCAGCAACCUCCUGUCGAGC